UUUUAAAGGAAAUCCACAAACAUCUACAGGACCAUUGCAGUACAAAACAGCUUAUGUAAAUAGACAUUUUUCUCAAGAAACAUACCAAAAUCAAGUACAUCAACCUCAAGACGAUGUUAACAAUAGAAAAAUAUAUGUCAAUCCAAAUUUUAUAGCUCCCACCAACCACCACCAACCAUAUGACAAUGUCCGAACAAAUGUUUCUCAUAAUUAUAUUGGAAAUUUAGUACCUAACAUGUAUAGCGUAAGCAAUAUAGAACAAAAACAUUCAUUUAUCAAUGACAACUUGGAAAUUAAAAACUCAUUGUAUAGUAUAAGGUUAUCGCGAAAUACUGGAGAACCUUCCGCUAAAGAAAACCUUAAAGUUACAGAAUCUUUCACUAAUUCUUUAGAAGCUCCGUUGACAAAAUCACGUUACAGCCUAGUAAGGAAAUCGAAACCCAUAUCGAAGAGCAUUGCAAUAACAAGCAAUAGUUAUAAAGACAAUACAAUACAAAAUACUCACAACGUCUUGUCCCACGCUUCAACGAGUUGUUGUAUGACUGCCAAAGUUGUAAAUUCAUAUUGUCAGAAAUUAAAUUUAACAACCAAAGUCCCUCAGAAGGUUACGAAAAUUAAAGUUAGCAAAUACAAAACUGUACCAAUUAGUAGUUACCUGAAGGUAAGUUCUCAGGUAUCAAUGAAUAAUAAAUUAAAACAGCCACCUUCAUUAAAUAUAUCUGCUAAGGUACAAGGAAGGGGUGCAAAAAUAUGUUCCUCAUUUGUUCUGGAUAAUAAAAACCGUUAUAAGUUUGUGAAAUCAAAGGUAUCUGUUUCAAUAGUGGAUAAUGUUAAACAAACUCCCAUGAAAUUCAAGAAGAAUGUAUCUUUAAAUAAUUCAAAGAUAACCGUAGGGAAGGCCAAAUUUAAGGUCAAUAAUAUACCCUGCAGGUUGUUCACUAAAUAUGGUAAAUGUUUAAGAAAAGAUUAUGGAAAGUGCGAAUUUUUGCACGAUAAGAAACAUGUCUCGCUUUGUAGAAAAUUCAUAAAGGGCAUCUGUCACGACGGUAAUUGUACUCUAUCGCAUGAGCUAUCAACGAAAAAGAUGCCGACUUGUUAUUUUUAUUUGAGAGGUAUGUGCACAAAACAAAACUGCCCCUAUUUGCAUGUUAAACUUAAUGAAAAAACUAAGAUAUGUCAAGACUUCGUCAAAGGUUACUGUGAGAAGGGUGAUAAUUGUCCAUUCAGACAUGUUAAGGUGCAAGAAUCGAAGACAACCAGGAAAAUUAAACUCAAGUCCGGUCCAAAAAAUCAGCAGACCAAAGGAAAGAAGCUAAAAGACAUACAAAAUAAAAUAGUUGAUAGAAAAAAUGUAAAUAAAUCAAAUGAAGAGGAAACAGAUAUGAAAGACAAGAGUGACAGCGAUCAUAGGUAUUAUGACGACGUUGUAAACAAUGAGGGUACUUGCGAAAUUAUAAAGCCCACCAGGUGUAAGUUAGGCGUCUUGCCUUCUUACAUACAACUAUAGUUGUUUAAAAUUAAUUAUUUUUUACGUGAUUUAACUGGGUUAAUUAGUUGUUAUGAAUUUGUAAUGUAUAUAUAUAUAUUUUUUUUAUUGGAUAGGUUAUGCAAAUAAAAUAGCUAUUUAAAUAUUUUAA